AAACUGAUGACGUAAAGGAGGAAGUGGUUGUUUGAUCCACCUGCUGCUGGAGGAGACGGAGGCUCGGGCAGGUAAACACGGUUCCGUUUACCGUUUUUACCCGGUAAUGUUCGUGUAAGGAGAGUUUGACUGACCUUAUUUUUAUUAUCGUGGAGGAAAUAAAGAGUCUCUCCAUUAUAAUCAACCGGAGAUGACUCAGCAUCUUUAUGUGCUUGCAGCUAACGACAGCUAGCUUAGCUUUUUAUUAGCAUUAUCAAGUUAGCCUCAAUAACCAAACCCUAACCGGAAAUAGACACUUCUGAUUUUUAUAUAAACGUUUAUUAUUUUAUGAGAAAUGACAGGAAAAGUCGUAGAUUUCGUGUUUUGUUUUCACUUAAAUUACAGUGUAAUAAAGAGUCUCUAAUGAUUGUUAAUAGUUGAUAAAAAUUAAUCUCUAAAGCGGUUACUGAAGUUUUAUUUUGAAGGUUUUCACCGGAAGUACGGCUGGUUUUCGUUAUUUUGAUUUUUCCGACCUGCAGCAGCGUCAUUAACAUUAUUAUUAAAAACAGACAUAAAGAGAAAAUCAGAGAGUUUAUCCGGUUAUUUCUGAUUAAUUAGUGUCGAAAUCUGAAGAUUAAUCUGUGGUUAAUUAACAUGAAUUUGAGUCGAUUUUUAGGACUUUAUUUCCUCAUUUGUUACAGUUUGAGGAAAUAUUUGAUUUAAUUAAAUAAAGUAUAAAGUCAGACAGAACAGAGGGGAACAGCUUAAAAAGAAAAAUAGAUAAAAUUUUUUAGGUUUGUACAUUAAAAUAACAAAUCUAUAAAGAUUACAAGUGUGUUAAAAAUAAAGUUAAGUUAAAUAAUACAAAAAAAUUAAAAAAUAUAAAAUAAAAUCUUAUAUAUACAUAUAUAAUUUAUAAAUGUAUAUAUAUAAAUACAUAUAUAUAUAUAUAUACACACACCCACACAUUUAUAUAUAUAUAUGUAUACAUACAUACAUAUACACACAAUAUUUGUAACAAAAUAAAUAAAGUUUUUCUUAUUCUUAAUAUGAAUAUAUAAAAAAGUACUUUUUACAGAAAUCAGAGCAAUAAACCCUGAUUCAUGAGCGAGGGUUAAGACAAACAGACAGACAGAGGAGCUGCUGACAUGAGUCUGAGAGGAGGAGGAGGAAACUGGAGCUCGACUGUUCACAGCUUUAAAAACAAAUUUAAGGAAUAUUAAAAUCACCUUUACUGAACAAUCGGUGUCUUACAAACUCAUUUUAGAGCCUCUGUCAGUGUUUUUGCAGCUCAGACUGGAAAACUUUCUUUAUUGGAGAAAAUCAAGUUUUACAGUCAUCAAGUUACAAAAGCACGCUAAUGUCUGUGUAAUCACAUGAUGGUAUUGUGGUGACCUUUUUCAGGUGAUUAUACCGCCUCUGGUCCAUCUCUGUUACGUGGCUGAGUAACUGAAGUCAUCAGCUGGAUAAUGAUUGAAGUCGGAGGAUGUUGUGUUACUAAAACAGACAGGAGUAGAAAUCAGAAUCAGAAUGUUCUUUAUUGUCAUUAUACAGAAGGAACAACGAGAUUAAAGCGCUUCUCCAUUUACAACAGAAAGAAAACAGAGACUGAAUUAAAAGAACAAAAAUAGUUAAAGAAAAAAAACAAAGGUACAGACUGUAUACAAGAAAAUUAAUCUAUUUCAGGUCGAACAGUUGUGCUCACGUACAGAAUAAAACAUCUUCAUCUCUGGAGACGGACUGUUUCACGUCCUUUAAAAUGAGGUUGUUGUUGUUUCCUGUUCUUGUCUGACGUCUCACUCUCUGUCACUCCCAGUUGGACCAUUAAAGAUGUCCCAGCAGCACCAGUACAGUCACUAAAUCAGGAGGUGUCCAAGCUUCAGGAUGGAGAUCCUGGUGGCCAAGCUGCUCGGCCUGCUGGGAUUGUUCGGCCUCAUGCUGGCUGGCGUGCUGGUCCCAGUGCGCCUCCUGCUGAUUGAUUAUGACAAAGCAUACAGAUACAGAAGAGCUCUGUCACUGUGUAACUCGUUUGGAGGAGGCGUGUUCCUCGCAACGUGCUUUAAUGCACUGCUGCCAGCUGUCAGGGACAAGGUAACACACACACACACAUAUAUUAACGUACAAACACACGUAAAACGGGGAGGAAAUGGUCAGAGAAACCAGACUUUGCUGUACAAUGUCACAGUCCUCCCUUAGAAAAGCCGUCUUUAACAGAGAAGGAAGACAACAACAACAAAUACAUCAACAAUGACAAUAGGGAUGACAACAACUCCAACAACAACAAAUACAUCAACCACAACCACAACAAUAAUAAUAAUAAUGCAUCAAAUUUUUUAUAGUGCUUAAUCAGAGACCUUCAAAGCUCUUUACAUUGGAUACAUCAUUCAGAAUAACAAUAAUAAUAAUAAUAAUAACACAGCCCACAGUUGAGGUCGACCCUCUCAUGUUUCCCAUCUGUUCUGCAGUUUUCUGUUCCUCAGUCCAAAACGUUCUUGUUAAAUCAGCUGAUCUCAGUUGGGACUGUGUAAACGGUCUCAGGAUCGAUGAGCUCAGAGCUCCUGGAUGUUCUCCAUCAUGAAAACUGUCUCUGCAGUUCUGGGCGGAGUCAGUUCCUCCUCGCUGACCUUCCGUCUGUUCUUUGUCCUCCUCAGGUUUCCGCCGUCUUCCAGCAGCUGAAGAUCAGCAGCGAUUACCCGCUGGCUGAGACGAUGAUGAUGCUCGGCUUGUUCCUCACCGUGUUCGUAGAGCAGACCAUUCUCACCUUCAGGAAGGAGAAACCGUCCUUCAUCGACCUGGAGACCUUUAACGCUGGCGGCUCAGAGGCGGGCAGUGACUCUGAAUAUGACACACCCUUCAUCUCUUCGGCGAGGGCGUCCACGGGCGGACGGCGCUCCCACGGUCACCACCACGGACACUUCAGCCCGGCUGAGCUUGCAGGGGCCGGGCCUCUGCGGCUGGCCAGUCUGGUCCUGGCUCUGUCGGCUCACUCCGUGUUUGAAGGUUUGGCGCUCGGACUGCAGGAGGACGCCGCCAAACUGGGAAGCCUCUUCCUGGGCGUGGCUGUGCACGAGACGCUGGCUGCUGUGGCGCUCGGGGUGAGCGUUGCAAAAGCAUCACUGGGCAUGAAGGAUGCUGCUAAGUUGGGUGUGAUGGUUAGCUCAAUGAUUCCGCUCGGUAUGGCGGUGGGGAUGGGCAUUGAGUCGGCACAGACGCUGGCGGGCGGCGUGGUGUCUGUCAUCCUCCAGGGACUCGCUGCUGGAACCUUCCUCUUCGUCACCUUCUUUGAGAUCCUGUCCAGAGAGCUGGAGGACAAACAGGACCGGCUGCUCAAAGUGCUCUUCCUCAUCCUCGGAUACGCAGUGCUCGCCGCCCUCGUUUUCAUCAAGUGGUGACACGCAGGAAGUCCGAGCAAAAGCACGCACAGCAAUACCAAAGUAAAAGUCCUCAGAGUUCAGCGAGAGGACAGAAACACGACAGAAACUCUGACAUACUGUCCUUCACCGAAACGAAGAUCAUGUUCAAUAAAACCGAGGAAGUCAUGACUAAAGCUCCGUGGAGGUUCAUCCUUUCACCUGGCUGUAGUGACUUACAGGUGACCAACAGGAAAUGACAGCAUCACUGUGGGCGUGGUGACGGGUUCGACAAACACUAACAGAUUCUACAUAGAAAUAGAGGAUUUGUGUUUUAGUAGGGCGAGUGUUCGAGGUUCUGUUUGAAGUCAGAUUCUGGUCUCUUCUUAGUCUACCUGUAGUAGGAGUUGAUUUAACAGUGAAACGGAGACUCACCACAAAAAUGCUGUGAGCAGAACUUUGACCCGUUUAUGAUGAAAAUCACCAGGAAAUAAAUUCUUUAAAAGGUUUAAACUUCUUCAGUUGUAUGAACCUAAAGUCUCUGUGUAACUACUGACAAUGAAACUGAGACUCUCAAAGAAACUGAUAAUGUGGUUUUAGUGAACACAAGGCCCGGCUCUGACCGUCUCAGGUCAGACCGCUGGAGUAGAGGCUCUGUGGUGUGACUGUCUAUUAACAGUGAAACUGAGACUCCCCUGAAUCAGAUGGUCUUAUUUCAUGAUAUUAAUAUUACUUAAUAGAAAUUCACAAAAAUGUGACUUUUUCAGGUCAUACUGCUCAGCCAAAGUAAAGGAUUCCUGUAACGUCAGAUUUACAGUGAAACUGAGACCUUCCAAAAAGAAAUUAUGUUUUCAUUUCAGCAAAGUUAUGACCCCUUAAAGUUAGAAGAAAUGGAUAAAAGAACCUGUUUCUGUUCCAGGUUUAUACUAGAGUGAACCCACUGUGCAAUAUACUGUUUACAGUGAAACUGGGACUCACCACUAACACACACGUGUCAUGUGACAGACAGGAAACCUGCAGACGUAUGUGGAGGGCCUCUAUCAGGGCGUUUACAGACACAGUUUAAUCGGACUAAGCUCAAAAUUAAAUUUUUUCGCCGAAUCGGACUUCUCUCCUUGUCCUCGUAUACGUGUCCUCCUCCCCAACACUAGGGGGGGAUAUGGGUCUUUUCAGCGGCGCUGUUUCCGACCCCAUACAACCGUCAACAACAACAGCAGGUCGGUGUCAGACUCGAGUGUCGUGUAAACGUACUGUAUGUCUUUACAUUUGAACACAUGGUUUCUUCUGGAGUCACUGAUUGGACGGAGAAAUCUGAGUUUAUGACGAAUGGUCAGUCACACCAGAAUUACCAAGAAGCUCGCCGUCACUUCUAGGGGUCAUAUGUCGCCAUCACGCCAUCCUUGUCGGUGGAGGCGUGGGUCCUCUGAGGUCUAAAGCUCUCUUUAGGGUUUUUGUCACGUGUUUUUCCUCAAGUUGUCAUAUUUCCUUCUUCGUAAAAGCCGAAGAGUUUGUGAUCGUCCUUUUUUACUCCUGCGGUUACUCCUCUAGGAGGUCGUCUUUGUUGGUGCAGUUUUCUCCUCUGUCGUCCUGCUCCUGCCACCUCCAGAGGUCUGCUCUGAAAAUGAAGUCCUCACACUGUGGAAGGUCACAGGGUCUGACUGACCCCUCACCUUGGUGCGGGGGUGCACAGGUGUACUCCAGGACCCUGUGACCUCACUGUGCUGUGUCAAUCACAGAAGUCCUGAUGGUCCAGAAGGAUGAAUAUGACCGUUGUUUUUUUAACUCUUUGUGUUGCAGCUGUUUAAGGUGGAACUCAUUUUAAUGUCUUUAUACUGCUGGGUAGUUUGUGACUAUUUAUCAGGGAUCAAUAAACCUUUAUUGAUAUGAUAUCAUUAUUUAUUUCUUCAUAUAUUUGAUAUUACUGUAACUCUAGAGUGUUUCCUCACUGCUGGUGUGAAGAGGUUUGGUAAAUGAUGAAGGUUUCUGUGUGUUUUAGAGGAAAAUCAAACCGGUGCAGCCUUUAAACCAAAUCAGAACAUAUUUAUAGGAAAUGUAUUUUUAUGAUUUAAUAUUUUCAUGAUGUGACCCUGAACAGUUUUGUAUUUAUGCCUUUGGUCCUCUCAUUGUUGUCUUGUGUUUCUGAAUUAAAUGGGUUAUUAUAUUUGUUCAUUAAAGGAUCUUUGUCGUACUUUGGUUCUGGA